CUGCCGAAACUUAGAAGCUGAUUCUGUCACAGUGUAAGAUGCCUUUGGAAAAUUCUGCAUUCCUCUUAGAUGACUCUUUAGGACUUGGUGAGUUACACUAGAUACCUUCAACCUUCAUUUUGAGCUAAGAGGGGCCUUCUUCAUGCCUCCUGACAUCACGCUCUCCGACAGAAUUUUGAGACUGAUGGUCAACCAUAUUGAAGAAUACAUUGAACUUAUAGUUUUCUGAAGAAUCAGUUCAAAAGAUCCCCCAAAAUACAAAAGGAGAAGUACAAAUGUCUACCACAAGACGAAAACGUAAUAUGUUAUGUUGUUUACCGUAAGCUGUAGUAAAAUGAGCUCGAUUAUUGACAGAGAUGAUGGUAGUAUUUUUGAUGGGUUGGUGGAAGAAGAUGACAAGGACAAAGCAAAAAGAGUAUCUAGAAACAAAUCUGAAAAGAAACGUAGAGAUCAAUUUAAUGUUCUCAUUAAAGAAUUGGGAUCCAUGCUUCCUGGUAAUGCUAGAAAGAUGGACAAAUCUACUGUUCUGCAGAAGAGCAUUGAUUUUUUAAGAAAACAUAAAGAAAUCACUGCACAGUCAGAUGCUAGUGAAAUUCGACAGGACUGGAAACCUACAUUCCUUAGUAAUGAAGAGUUUACACAAUUAAUGUUAGAGGCUCUUGAUGGUUUUUUUUUAGCAAUCAUGACAGAUGGAAGCAUAAUAUAUGUGUCUGAGAGUGUAACUUCAUUACUUGAACAUUUACCAUCUGAUCUUGUGGAUCAAAGUAUAUUUAAUUUCAUCCCAGAAGGGGAACAUUCAGAGGUUUAUAAAAUACUCUCUACCCAUCUGCUGGAAAGUGACUCAUUAACCCCGGAAUAUUUAAAAUCAAAAAAUCAGUUAGAAUUCUGUUGUCAUAUGCUUCGAGGAACAAUAGACCCAAAAGAGCCAUCUACCUAUGAAUAUGUGAAAUUUAUAGGAAAUUUCAAAUCUUUAAACAGUGUAUCCACUUCAGCACACAAUGGUUUUGAAGGAACUAUACAACGCACACACAGAACAUCUUAUGAAGAUAGAGUUUGUUUUGUAGCUACUGUCAGAUUAGCUACACCUCAGUUCAUCAAGGAAAUGUGCACUGUUGAAGAACCCAAUGAAGAGUUUACAUCUAGACAUAGUUUAGAAUGGAAAUUUCUAUUUCUAGAUCACAGGGCACCACCCAUAAUAGGAUAUUUGCCAUUUGAAGUUCUGGGAACAUCAGGCUAUGAUUACUAUCAUGUGGAUGACCUAGAAAAUUUGGCAAAAUGUCAUGAACACUUGAUGCAGUAUGGGAAAGGCAAAUCAUGUUAUUACAGGUUCCUGACCAAAGGACAACAGUGGAUUUGGCUUCAAACUCAUUACUAUAUCACUUAUCACCAGUGGAAUUCAAGGCCAGAGUUUAUUGUUUGUACUCACACUGUAGUAAGUUAUGCAGAAGUUAGGGCUGAAAGACGACGAGAACUUGGCAUUGAAGAGUCUCUUCCUGAGAUGGCUGCUGACAAAAGCCAAGAUUCUGGGUCUGAUAACCGUAUAAACACAGUCAGUCUCAAGGAAGCAUUGGAAAGGUUUGAUCACAGCCCAACCCCUUCUGCUUCCUCCCGUAGUUCAAGAAAAUCAUCUCACACUGCAGUCUCAGACCCAUCCUCAACACCAACAAAGAUCCCAACGGAUACUAGCACUCCUCCCAGACAGCAUUUACCAGCUCAUGAAAAGAUGGCACAAAGGAGGUCAUCAUUUAGUAUUCAGUCGAUAAAUUCCCAGUCUAUUGGUCAAUCAUUAACACAGCCAGUGAUGUCUCAAGCCACAAAUUUACCAGUUCCACAAGGCAUGUCCCAGUUUCAGUUUUCAGCACAAUUAGGAGCCAUGCAGCAUCUGAAAGACCAAUUGGAACAACGGACACGAAUGAUAGAGGCGAAUAUUCAUCGGCAACAAGAAGAACUAAGAAAAAUUCAAGAACAACUUCAAAUGGUCCAUGGUCAAGGGCUACAGAUGUUUUUACAACAGUCAACCCCUGGUUUGAAUUUUGGUUCUGUUCAACUUUCUUCUGGAAAUUCAUCUAACAUCCAGCAACUCGCACCUGUAAAUAUGCAAAGCCAGGUUGUUCAAACUAACCAAAUUCAAAGUGGAAUGAAUACCGGACACGUUGGCACAACUCAGCACAUGAUACAACAGCAGACUUUACAAAGUUCAUCAAGUCAGAGUCAACAAAAUGUCCUAAGUGGGCAUAGCCAACAAACAUCUCUUCCUAGUCAGACCCAGAGCACUCUUACAGCCCCCCUGUAUAACACUAUGGUGAUUUCUCAGCCGGCAGCCGGAAGCAUGGUCCAGAUCCCGUCUAGUAUGCCACAAAACAGUACCCAGAGUGCUGCAGUAACUACAUUCACUCAGGACAGACAGAUAAGAUUUUCUCAAGGUCAGCAACUUGUGACCAAAUUAGUAACUGCUCCUGUAGCUUGUGGGGCGGUCAUGGUACCUAGCACUAUGCUUAUGGGUCAGGUGGUGACUGCCUACCCUACUUUUGCUGCACAACAGCAGCAGUCACAGACGUUGUCAGUCACACAGCAGCAGCAGCAGCAGCAGCAGAGUUCCCAGGAGCAGCAGCUCACAUCAGUUCAGCAACCAUCUCAGGCUCAGCUGAACCAACCAACACAGCAAUUUUUACAGACUUCUAGGUUGCUUCAUGGGAACCCUUCAACUCAGCUUAUCCUCUCUGCUGCGUUUCCACUACAACAGAGCACUUUCCCUCAAUCACAUCACCAGCAACACCAGUCUCAGCAGCAGCAGCAACUGAGUCGGCACAGGACUGACACUUUGACGGAUCCUUCCAAGGUUCAACCGCAGUAGCACACGUCUCCUCUCUGACCUCAAGGGAGGAAGGGUUGGCCCAUAAAGAGUUGCUCAGAUGAUCUGAGGAUUAGGAGGAAAAGUUCUAGUAGAUUCAUGAGAUGCAGUAUUGAGUAAUCUAAUUCCUCGAAUUAGUUAGCAGGGAAAAUGCUGCCUAGUGCUGCAGAUGUACAUUAAAUACCCGCCAGCAGGAAAUGACCAUAGGGCCAUAGCCAAUUCUGACAGUGUUUUAAUUGCUCAGAUAUUUUUUGAUGGAAAAAGAGUAUAUUGCCAAAUGUAGAAGCUCAGCUAAAGAAAUAUGACCUCCAGUGAAUCAGAAAGGCACUAACAAUGUUAGUAACUUUUAGUGGUUCAGUGCCUGUUUUCAAGUGUUACAGAGGACACACCACUGCCACAUCAGGGGUUUGCUUACAAUGAUGCCAUGAAGACAGUGCAGUCGACCCAGUAGGCCCUCUUCCCAAGCCCCUCUCCCUUCUCAGAUAAUGAUGGAAUCGCAAUUUCAGAAUGUUGUGUGGGUUCAAAUUCUCUAUGUACAGAUGCUGUAAAAAUAUUAUGUAUAUGUCUGGAUAAAAGGAAAGAAAGCAAAACAUUUUGUAUGCUGCAUGAAAGCAUUAUCUCCUCCUUAAAGGUAUGAAUACAUUUCCUUAGAUUCUGAUGCCAUGUGCAAACUAAUACAUCCUUUGUUUUCCCUUUUGUUUACAACACGAUAGUGUUCUAUUCACUUUUCCGGGGCACAAGUCUUUUGUUCAUACUUGGCUGUGAUGUCACAGUUUGUUCAGUGAGGUAUGAUGUGCUGCUGGGAAUGGAUUUUUUUCAGGUUAAAUGAUUGAAAUAACAGGAUUUUCAAGUUACUCAGAAGUAUCCUUCAUUUCAUUAUUUUCAAUAAUGUUUGAAAAUAGGAUUUGCACUGCUUUAUUUUAGAAGGUUGGGAGUUUUGAUCAUAUAUUUUGAUAUAGUUCAUAGUUGGAAAUAGUUGAGUAAAUGGUUUGUAACAAGCCUGAAAGAAAUUUCAUGAAUGUUUCAGUUACAGGAGUAAAAUUUGCACACAAAACAUUUUAGGCACUUUUUAACAUUCUCACUGGUGGGAAUUUUAACUUUUAGGAUUUGUUGGAAUCUUUUUAUUAUCCUUCACAAUUUCAAUGUUUCUUUUAGUCAGAAAUGAUUCAGGGUUAUUUGAGGGGAAAAAAACCCAUAGUGCCUUGAUUUUGAUUCAGGUGAUAACUCACCAUCUUGAACUCAUUGUCUGGUUUCAGUAGCAGUUUUGAAACCUUAGUACAUUUUUAAUAGCAUGUGAGUGUCUGUGCCAUUAUUCUCCUAAGUUCCUAUGAAGAGUGCUUUGAAUCUCUUGGCUGGAGAUAUAAAUAAUUUAGAAAUAAAAGAUGACAUACUAACACUAUCAGAGUCAUCAGUGUGAUUGCAAAUUGUUUUUCCUAAAUCAGCAUCUUUCUUUAAAGCUGAAAUAAGUAGUCAUUGAAGAAUUACCAGUAAAUAUUUGCUCAAUAUGAUUCUUACAAAGAAAGAGGUGUAGGAAUUUGCUUUGCCUUCACUACAACACUAGAAUAUUGGAACUCACAUGCUUUCUAAACAUGAACUAAGAUUUCAUUUGGCAAUAUAAUAUUCCAAAGGUAAUAAAUUCCAACAAAAAUUAUAUUCAUAAAAACAUUUUAUAUAUUAUAUGGUACUGAUAAUUAAAUUUACAACUGUAGAGCAAAGGAAAAUAUCUUAUUAGAAUAUCAAAAAUUAUUACUGUGGAAAGGGAAGACAGCAAGCUGUAAUAAAUCAAAAUUGACCUGAAAAGAAAAUGUAUAACACAACUGAAGUUGUUCAACAGAAAAGGUUUUGAGCAAUGAAAAUAACCUAAUACAGAAUUGCUAGAUAAAGGAGUUGAGGAACUCCAAGUCAGUUCUUCAGACUUUUCUGUCCUCGGCUUUGCUAUUAUCCUUAGGGAUAUAUUGUUUUUCUGUAGAAAACUAUACCUGGCCACACUUAAAUUAGAAAAUGUUGAAAAUGAAAACAACCAAAGAAAGUUGGUACCUACCCUUCUAUAAAAGAAGUGUCAUUAGAUACCAAUCAAUAAUUAACAUAUCAAGGAGCUCCUCUCCUAGCUAAAUGAUCAUCCAGAAGAGAUUUCUGACUCAUGAAUGUCAAGGAUAGUUGUCAGAAUAUGUGUGUACUUGAGCAUAUAUACACCAAAAUUGAUGUUGUAAAUAUGGCAACAGUAUUAAUUAUCUCCCCUUUCAAAUUGCCUAUGUUAACCUUAUGCCAUUCCAUAGUGAGUUGUGCCUCUUUCAUUCAUUGGUGAUAUCUAGUGAUAUGGAUUUAGCUAAUAAAAUAUAUGAAAAACUAUUAAGGUUUAUCCUCCAAAUAUCACACUUAAAAGAAAGAUGGUGGACCAUGAGUACUGUGUACUUAGAUGAACAAAAGCAAAACCUAGGCACAAUUUUGCAUUUAUAAUUACUGUUGUUUCUGACAGCUCACUUUUUUCUGCUUAGAAUUGAUUACUAAGUUUAAAGAAGCAGCUAGCUGCUUUUCCUCUGCUGCCAGUAGGCUUUGUUGUGUUGGAAGAGCUAGUAAGCACCAGCUGCCUCUUAGCUCCUUUAACUGUUCCUCCUGCUUCUCUUGAACUUGGAUUGCAAAGCUGUCCCUCCCCCUCUCCCAUGAAUGGAGACUUGAGCAUUCUGAUGAAGAUUCAGCAGUUGCCUGUUCUUCCUUCAUUUCUGUAGCCAAAGUUGUUAAUUAAAAUACUAAAUCUAAGUCAUGAAAAACAGAAAAUAGGAACACCUUCUAACCACUUAAAAAUCAUCUUUCCUCUGCUUUACUCUGUCAUUUUUUCUUUUAAAAAACACAUUUUAUUCUGGGUGGCACUUUUUAGAUAAGAAACUAUUAAAGAUCAGGCAAAUUGUUAGCUGUUCUGCAGUUAUCUUGCUUUGGCUUGCUGUGGCACUGCGUAAGUCAGUAUAGUUUUAACAACUACAAGUGAAGACUACAAGGACUAAGAGAAUUGCUGCUGGUGUAUAGCAACCCUGAGUGUAUACACUCAGAAGUACCCUAUUUUUUUAGUGGAAAAUAUGUGCAGAAAAGCAGGUAUAGCAGAUGGGGGUAGUAAGUCCUACAGUUCAGUCUCCAAACUUCGACUUAGGGGGUAAUUUGAGUCCUGUGCUCUGCUUUGUCACUUAAAUCUGGCUUAGGAAUGUACUAGUAAUAGGAGAGUGCCAGUGUCUUUGAAUGGUUAUAGAAUACUGUGUGGAAUAGUGAAAUGGUAAUUUGGUUUCUUCAGAAGUGCUGUAGCUGCUGGUCAUUGCCUUACAGCAGUCUGCUUGCCAUUAGUUAAGCACACUGAAGCAGUGCAGCUCUGUAAAGAAGAGAUGAAUCCUUGUUCAAGAAGCCUUAGAUAGGGGUCCUACAGAUAGGUGAAAGUACUUUUUAACUGGAUAUUACUCGACGUAUUUUAAAAUGUUCCCAGUACAUUGCGGCAAACUUUUUAAAAAGUGGAAUGCAAGUAGCAUUUUACUCUGGUAGUAUUCAUUCUUUCUUUUUCUAUGUUUCUUUGAUGACUGAAAGUUUGUUGAUGAACAUUUGUGUUAAACUCAUUCAAAUCUCUAACCUUUCCAAUAUCUGUGUCCCUGUUCAUAGCCCCUUGGGAGUCAAUGUUGGAAGGUGUAAACACUGGAUAUUACUAUUGCUGAGUGAGUCUAGCCAGGAGUAAACCGAUUGGAAAAGAAACAGCACAACGGCUCUUGCCAUUGUAGUAGUGAUUCGACAAAGAGAACCUGUUCAGUUUGUUUGGGUUGGGUGAGCAUUCUUCUAAAAGGAGCUUCUGAAGUAAUUGCAAAGGAAAAGAGUCGACUAUUUUUAUAGCAUAUUUAAUAUAUUUGUAUAUAACUAUGAAUAUAGUAGGAACCACCCUCCACAUGCCUCCCACCUUUUCUAAUUUCCUCCCCCUUUGCCAUAGCACUAGUAUAGCCUCGUCCGCAUGGGUAAUGUGCCUAUUGUCAGCCUACCAAAAGAUAGUGCUGCUGCUUUCUGAGACAGGUGAGAAGACCCAACUCUCAUGCCUGGGGAUCCUUUAUGUAGGAAUAGCACACACUUAAAACAACAUACCACAGUCUAAAAGCAUCAUUUUUAAAUAUAACAAGCACUUUAUUGCAAUUAUUCAUUUUGAUAAAGUUUAUCUUAGGCAUUACCAUUUCUAAAGGAUCCCCAAAUCAUCACUUAGGUGAAAUUUUAAAAUGACCCAUUUCUGAGAAAUGUUUAGAUCCAGUGAACCGUAGUAGGUUUAUGGGAGUGAUUUCAAGGUAGCCAAAUGAACUUGACUUUUGUUUUGAAUGUGGUGGAGUUGAGAUUGUUGAUGCUAGUUCCAUUUAGACACUAUUGUAAACCUAUCUUGCCUAUUGUGUGGACACCAAAAGAGCCUGUUUAUUUUCAGAAGUCUAGGAAAAUUGCAUCAGUGUGAAUAAAUGUAUAGAACUAACCUAAAAGUGAUUAUUAGUAAUAUUUUAGAAUACAGUCAUUUCAAGAAUUAUUCUGGGUGUUUUCAAUGUGCUCUGAAAUGUUGGCAUGUCAUUUCAGCGUUCCCAUUUGAAUUGCUCUUGUAAUAUUUUUGCACAAAAAGGACUGAGAAAAGGAUUACUUUGGUUGAAGAAAAGAAAAAUGUGUAAUUUGGUCUUAUUUUAAUGACUUCUGUGGAAACACUGGGGAUGAAUUUUGUUGGUUUAGUUAUAAUUCAGGAUAUUUAACAGUAUUGAACAGCUCACAAGAAAUUAAACAAAAGUGGAUAUUUAAAGAUUAAAACACUUUCUUCCCAUGUGACUGUUUUGCAUAUUUCCCCCACAUGUCAUAAUUUAACACUACAUUCCUUGUUUUUCUUAAAUAAAAUACUUUGCAGGUUGUUUUGAGUAUUUAACAUAUUUUGUAAGCUGCCUGGGUUUUCCUAAGGAAACGACCUUUAAGAAAUAGAAUAUAGUUUAUGAAGAGAUUAAGUGAAAUUCCAUCACCACCACCAGCAAACACUGAGGUGCUGUGUUAAGUGACAAUCAAAAUAGUGAGUAUUUACGGAAGAAUUUAGAAAGUGGUUUUAAAGAAGAAAUUGCUUUGUAAGCAGUUCUCUGGGUUUCUUGAAUAAAAAUGGCUAAAUGUAUUUAUUUAUAUUUUUAAAUAUCUUUGUGUUCUGUUUUCUAUCAGUGAUUUCAGUGUCAUGUAUUUAAUUUGUGGUUUGUUUUGUUUUGCCUUGUACUCUUUUACUAGAGAACUGGCUCUUCUAAUGUGGGCACAGUCUCUAGCCCUCAGAGGACUCUACAUGGGCAUCCAAAUCUGUUCUACUGCAGGACAGCAGUGGGAGGGCCCACAUCCAGGUGCCUCUGCACUGCCCUCCUGUGCUCAACUUAUUUAAGAGAAAAGUAAAGGUAACUCCUUUCAAAUUUGCUUCAUAUAGCUCCAACCUUUUUCUAGUUUUACGUCCUGCCUUUUCCAUUUGGGGGACACUUUUUAUAUGAUUAUAGCCAAAGGCCAGUAUGACAGAACCAAUGGCACACAUUGCCUGUUUUGCCCACUUGGGAAAUGUUAGUAAAACGGUUAGCAUCUUCAAAUGGCCCCUACUAUCAUAUCUAUAUGAAAAUCCAUUUAAAGUCUUCAAUAUAGAUGGGAAAAUGUAUCCACACUGCAAACUCUUCUACAAAAAAAUGUUUGCUGUCUACUAGUAUAGUGUAAUGUUGCUUGGUUCUUUAAAAACAGUAACAAAACCUCCAUGCACAGCACUGCUCAGUAAAGCAGUGUUUGAACAUUUGAGGCCUAGACAUUUGAGGAUACUUCUAGCUGGAAUGCAUUGGAACAGAAUUCUCUAGGUUCCCACAGGUCAGGUACAGGGGACGCUGUCUAGCUUUUGGGAUCCCUUAGAGAAUGGUCAUUAAAGCAAGUUGGAUUUAAAGAUGUAAAAUAUGUUCCUUAACUCUGAGAGUUGAAUUGAAGAUGUGAUGUUUUCAAAUGUAUGCUUUUAAAUUUCUGAGGAAACAAACUGUGACAUCGCUUUAAGAACAACAUUCAAAUGUUUCAUAAUACAUGUUUUUGAGUUGGCCUGUACUGGUACAAAUUCACUGCUGGCAAUGGUUGUGCCAGAACUGGUGUUAAAAUGUAGGGAAAGCUGUAUUAUCUUCAAGUUGAUGUAUUAUAUAGCUAGACAAUCAUCAUUAAGCAAAAAAAGAAAUUGGCCAGGAAAUGUCCUUUUACUUUCUCAAUAGCUAUGAACAGCUGCAACUUAGACCGUUCUAGAAUAAUUUUGAAAACUAUCUUACUGUGGCGUAAGUUGGGGAAGGAUCUCUGUAUGGCACUUGCAUAUUUACUCUGUAUAAAGAUUGAAGCCCAAAGAUGAGUUAAAUUCAGUGCUGUAUUGAAACCAGUUAGUGCAAAAAAGAAAAAGUUUUAUCUUUGUAAAUUUUUAAUUGUUAACACCAGUUGGUAGCUGUAAAAACAUACACCGAAUUAUUUCUAAUGUUCUGUGUGCUACAUUGCUGUCCUUACUGCUUGGUUCUUGGUUUUAAAUACAAUUUAGAUGUAGCCUAACAUUCUUACUUCUGAAAUGGUGGAGCUAUAAAUGGCUAACUGAUAAUUGACAUACAAUACCUCUUUUUCCUAAAGCAAACAUUGAACUGAAAUCCAAAUUGAUUUAUAAAAAACAAGACUGACAUUUUCCAAGUAUUGUCUUUAGCUCAAAUCCUAAAUUGCACAGAAGCAGGAAGGGACAAUGAAUGGUUUCAACGGUGCUCUUAGUUCUCUGCUGAUUUUCAUGAGCUAUCUGUGGAAAUACAAUAUUGUAUAAAAUGUGGAUCAUUCUGUCACCCAUUUAACAUUGCCAUUUUAAUUUGGUGUUACAAUUGUUUACACUUGUUUUUCAAAGGUAUCCUUUCAGAGGUAAAAAUGUGUUACUAGUCUACCUUCACUCAGGCCUCUCGCUAUAUGAUCAUUUUUCCAGGUUAUGAUGUGCAGUUUUUUAAAACUACAUGUACUAUUAUAAUGCUCUUUCUCAUACUCUUGUAAUGUAUUCAGAACCUAAAAUUACAGCAAAAGAGCCAAGCAGUAGCAUUGUUGUUGGUUUUUUUUUUAAUGUAAAAAAAAUAGGUCCAGACUUUGUUUCCGUAUUCAAUCUUAAAAAUAAAAAAAUACCUCAGUACUGUU